UUCACACGAAAAGUGUCGACUGUCCUCGCUGGAAAAAAGAUAUCCUCGUGUCAAGUAUCAUCCUUUUGAAGAGUGUGAGUAUGCAACGGAGAAAGAUGAAAUGACAUUAAGAGAUGCCACUGGUGAAUACUUGGUUGACGAGAAGUUCCCGCGAAGGACAGUUAAUAUCAGUUUUGCAGGAGAGAAAUUUCGAAAGGAAUUGAUUUCCUCCGCACCAUUAUUAUAUAAAAUACUCAAGGCCGCCAAGGUGAUGACACAGGCUUUGGCGCCAGAGGGACUAAUGGGAAUGUACAAUUUGCUUCUGAAAGCAUGCGACGAUCAAAUCGUGAAGAUUCUUAACAUCAUGAAAGACAAAUCAAACCUGCCAAUCUUGAUACAUUGCAAAUAUGGAAAAGAUAGCACCGGAGUUACGAUUGCAAUCCUACUUUCUUUAUGCGGAGUAGAUGAUGAAACAAUAGUUCAAGAUUAUGUGAUGUCACAAGGACACUUAACCCCCGUGUAUCCCUCAAUGGUAAAGGACAUGGAAAAAAUCGGGUUGCCCAAAGGUUUUGCCGCAGCACCUCCUGAGAAUACGCGGCCCACGAGAAAAUCGAAUGGUCAUUAA